AUGGCAGGUUUAUCUUUUGACAAUUACCAGAGGAAUGCUCAUGUGAGCAAAGUUUCAGGUGCUGAUGUGAAGGCUACUUCUACAGGUACUACUAUUGUUGGUGUUAAGUUUGCUGGUGGUGUAGUUAUUGCUGCGGAUACGCGUUCAACGCAGGGACCAAUUGUCGCGGACAAGAAUUGUGCGAAGCUGCACAGGAUAUCUCCACGUAUAUGGUGUGCAGGUGCAGGUACAGCCGCUGACACUGAGGCGGUCACACAGCUGAUCGGGUCGAAUAUCGAGCUGCACUCGCUGUACACCAACCGUUCACCUCGUGUUGUGUCGGCUCUGCAGAUGUUGAAGCAGCAUUUGUUCAAAUACCAAGGCCAUAUUGGUGCAUACUUGAUUGUGGCUGGUGUGGACCCUACUGGUGCACAUCUGUUCUCCAUACAUGCGCACGGUUCCACCGACGUGGGUUACUAUCAGUCUCUAGGGUCUGGUUCGCUGGCGGCCAUGGCAGUUCUUGAAUCACAUUGGAAACCAGACAUGACAAAGGAAGAGGCUAUCCAGCUGGCCGCAGAUGCCAUCGAGGCCGGUAUCUGGAACGACUUGGGUUCAGGUUCUAAUGUAGAUGUGUGUGUGAUGGAGAUAGGUAAGGACGCUGAGUAUCUAAGGAACUACAGAACUCCAAACGUCAGAGAGGCCAAACAGAAAUCUUAUAAGUUCGAAAGAGGUACCACUGCAGUGCUAAAAGAAAGCAUAGUGACGAUUUGCGACAUUGAAGAGCACGCCGUAGAUAUUACCGCCUGA